AUGGAUGCCCACCUUGAUCUCACCCUCCCUUCGACCUGCCCGGAACUUCAGCAAGGCAGCGAUGCCAACUGGGAUGAUGCCUCCUUUGCUCUCUAUUCCAUGAUCGAAUUGUCUUCCGAAGAGCUGGAUAAGCUGAUCACCGCCCUGAACCGGGACUGGAAGCGGGAGAUGACCGACGAAGCGAUGCCUCUUGUUCGCACCCCUACCGUGUACGACUUCAGUGGGAAAAGCCUCCGAGACGUCGUCCAGGCUCACGUUGAUCUGGACAAGGAAUUCACUCCGCGUGAUGAUGGCGGUGCCGAAGGCGACAUUCAUUGGUACCCCACAGCUUUUGUUGUUGUCACCACUCGCGAGUGGGAAGAGAAAGGACUCUUGUUGGUGUAUGUGGAUGUCGAGGAGAAAGAAUGCCCCAUGGAUAAAUUCUUCUUUCACAUCGACAACGCUAAUAUUAUGUUGUCAAGCUUGAAUUUCGGUGAUGAGAGCCCCUCUUCCAGCAGAUUCAACUGGGAAAUGGGGCAUGGAGUGAACGCUGGCAUGGAUGAAUAG